ACCUGCAAUCUUAACAACCACGAUUAGUGAAAGAGGGCUUGUGGCAAGUUUCAAAACUAAGGUCAUAUGAAGGAAAGCGUGGGAGAAAGCAAUAUUUAACAGAAGACAUUGUUACUGCCUUAAAUUUCUUUGUUAACCAAGUAUUAGCCAUAGAAUCACCUGUUACUGUUAAACUGUUUUGAUUGGUGCAGAGAUAUUUUAACGACCAUAUAAUGAUCGUGCAUAGUUCUUUCUGGAAGAAUACGUUCUGCGUAGUUAGUUAUGUAAAUUUUCAUCACAAGAUUUUAGCAUACCGUUUGUAAACAUAGCCUCAUAUUAGCUUGAUGAUAGCCGCGUAGUGCGACCCCUCGCGCCUGGUAGUUUCUUGUUCACCAUUUUUAUUGAACAAGGCUAAAAGUAAUACACAACAGAGGUAGUUAUUUUGUCUACAUAGCUACAAAGAUCACCGAAAUUAUGACAUUGUAAUGAAAUGCGGAUAACAUGAGCAUUCACGCAUGUAUAAUAUAGGGCCUAUAUGUUACAAUUAAAGCGCGUGGAAUUUGAGUAACGUAGCGAACGUUAAAGUUGCUUGAGCGAUGGAAGGUCACAUCAACUGGGUGUACAUUUCUCUUUCCUCGAUGCUAUUCUUCAAAACUAUCAACAAGGCGGUAGUUUUUCUUUUUCCAUCGCCAGUUAAACUACGAGAUCAGACAAGAAAGGUUUGGCUUUGGGAGAAUCUAGCGACGUCCUGGGUGCACUCGGUCAUCAGCGCUGCACUCUCGAUCUACAGUAUAUACAGCACGCCAUCAAUAAUCGAAGAUAUGAUCAAUACGAAUAAUAGUCUGUUGUAUAGCACACUGGCUAUUUCUGUUGGUUAUUUUGUCUACGACCUUAUUGACCUAGCAAUAAACGACUUACAAAGAUCGUUUUGUGUUAUUAUUCAUCAUGUGCUCGUUAUAUCAAGCUUUCUUGUUUGCCUUCUGGGAAACCGGCUGAUACCAUUCGCGAUUUUUGCAUUGCUUGUUGAGGUGAACAGUGUCUUCCUUCACGCCCGAUGCCUUAUGCGCAUGACCGAGCUUGAUCAAAACGGGCUGGUUUAUAAAAUCAACAGAAUCCUCUUAAUGAUAACUUUUAUUUUAUUUCGCUUCGUGAAUUGUGGAUGGGUGACUAUCUGUCUUGUGUCAAGUCGUCAUGUGAUCAAUUGGCUUCCGUUCACAAUAGGCUUCGGUGGCAUGUGUAUCGCGUCUUUGCAAAACGUAGGUCUUCUCAAGCAGGUGUGGACGAGUGAUGCAAAAAGUAAAAUGAAACAGUCGCAACACGAGAAAACUGGAGGCGAUAAGGAUCACAAUGAGAACAAGAGUAACGGCUCAGAAAAACUGAGAGAGUUAUUAAAAGUGACAAACGCUUGUAGCACUUGUAGCUGAGAUUUGCAUUCAACACUUUCCAACCGCUUGGAAUUAACUGAUUAAGGGAGAUUUUGUUAGAGGUGAUAAGAAUAGAACUUUUUAGGGCAAGCUUUUAGAGUUCUUCGUGUGGGAUAGACCGUGUUACAGCAGGUUUGAAUCACUAGAUUGUCGUACCAUAAUAAAAAUGCACAACAACCAGGAUGACGCGCUCUUUUUUAUCAUUGAAAAUCCUUCCUCGGACGAAUGUACGUUGUGUUUUGUAGGCAAAUGUAUAUUCCUGUAGCUAAAUGGUAUUUUAGCUAAUAUUUCGGUGCUU